GAUCGUAUUUCACGAACGAUUCCCCAUCAAUCGAAUUACAAUCAAAUUCAAAUGCACCCAAAUCAAUAUUGAAACUCUGAUUCUAAUUUUCCAACUGCAGACUGACCCCACAAACGUUCAAUUUUCUACAAAAAUAAAGAACUCAAAAACUAUGAGAAUGGGAAAAAAAAAUCUGAAAAAUCCAAUUCAAGAUUCACCCGAGUCUAGUCAAUGUCGCUAAAUUUGCGGACAAAUCGUAACUGUGGCAACAAUGACGAAAGCCCCUGAGCGCAGGUGGGAUGAUUAUUGAUUCGAAAUGCUGGAACGGGCAAACAGCGUGAAGCAGACGUAGUAAGAGGUGGCUAUACGUCGAAUCAAGCUCCGAGCACCUGCAACAGAAUAAUGGGCUUAUUCAAUAAAAUUUCAAAUCUCUUAGGCCUGAGAAAAAAAUAUGUUAACAUAUUAGUUGUAGGACUCAACAGCAGUGGUAAGUCAACGGUCAUCAAACAUUUCACCCGCGAAGACGACCGUUGCAUAGAAAUAGUGCCCACCGUUGCGUUUAAUAUCGAGAAAUUUGCAUUGAAAAAUGUCAGUUUUACAGCCUUCGACAUGUCCGGUCACGAUCGGUAUCGAUCGUUGUGGGAAAAUUAUUAUAAGGAUUGUGAAGGAAUCAUUUUCGUAAUCGAUAGUAGCGACAAAUUGCGAUUGGUUGUCGCGAAGGAAGAACUUGACAUGCUUCUCCAACAUCCGGACAUAGCUGGACGCAAACUACCCAUUUUAUUCCUAGCGAAUAAAAUGGAUUUACCAGACUCCCUAACGACGGUGAAACUUGUCGCAGGUCUUGGAUUAGACAGGAUCCAAAACAAACCUUGGCAUAUCAAGGCGACGAAUGCUGUAACCGGAGAAGGUUUGCAAGCUGCAGUUGAAUGGUUGACGGAUCAAAUUCGAGAAAUACAUGUAGCUAAAAGAUAAUAAUUAGCUUAGAACUUAAAUCAAAAUUUGUACAAUUUCCCAUUUCUAUAAAACAACUGUAAAAAAACUUCAGAUUAUAAGAUUUCUGUUUAAGUUGCGAUCAAAUUCGAAAGAAAUUCACACCUAGCAGGAAUUGGAUUCGAUCUGAAUUAAGCGACGAAUGGAAAAAUAAAAUAAUUGUGUACACAAUUA